AUGAGGAAAUUGAUUGGUAAGACAAGCUUUUCUCCCUACCUUGUGUCAUCAAGUCUUCAAGGUUAUCCAUUAAAGCUAGGAAUAUUCGGAAGUAACAAUUUUUCAACCGAUUUAAUUGGACGUUCUUUUAAAGAAUAUCAAAAAGAAUUUCAAAAGCAAAAGGAAGUAAAAAGAGGUGGAAGAAAAUCAUCCUACGACUACAAAUCUAAAUAUUCCAACAGAAAUAAUAUCCAAGAAAGUUCCGAAGAAUCUCCAAAACAAGUGGCCCAAAGAUCUAGAAACAGAAGAGCUCAUUUGGAUGAAUUGAUAGGACAACAUGACGAAACCAAAAAGGCCAUCCAUGAACAUGAUUUUAAAAUUAAGCAUGUCAUGUUAUCAGAUUUGACUGAAAUACAAGCAGGAAAUGCUCACUGUACUGGUUGUGGAGCAACUCUUCAAACUGAAAGUACUGAAAAACCUGGAUUUAUUCAUCCAAAAUCUGUUGAAAAGAGAAUUUCAGAACAAGAAAAAUUUUCAAAACUUGAAGAGGAAAUGCAAAAAUUGGAAUUAGAAAAACAGCGAGUGUUAAAGGAAAAGGUUCAAGAAAUGCAAGACAAAAACGAAGGAAUGACAGAGGAGGAGGCUAUUUCAACAAUUGAAAAUGUAAGAAAUUCUCCAGUUGGCAAGAACCAACCACCACCAGAAGGGUUUUUGGUAAUGGAUAUGGAUGAAUUUAAUCUUUAUAAGAAAUUCCUCAAACACAAAGGGAAAACCUCGCAACAACUUAUUGAUGAAAGCUUAUCUGAAUUGGUAUGUCAAAGAUGUCACCAAUUGAGAAAUUAUGGUGUAUACAGUACAGUUCAAGUGGAUCAAGAGGCUGCCAGACAGGUAUUUGAAAGAAUAUCUCAAUUGAAAAAGAAGGCACUCAUUAUUUAUGUUAUUGAUUUAUUCGAUACUCAUGGUUCAAUCAUACCUAAUUUUAAAGAUAUUAUUGGAUCUCACCAUAAUGUCUUGGUGGUUGCCAAUAAGGUGGAUUUACUUUUAAAGGGAAGAAGUUCCUAUGAUCGAAGACCAGAUACUGAAAAAGAGAGGACUAAAGCAUUAAUUUACAGAAGACUUGAAGAAUGGGUGAGAAGAAUAUUGAAGAAGGAUUUUGAAUUAUUCUUAACUACAGAAGAGAGGUCACAACUUGUAGGCAUCGAGGUUGUAAGCAGUACAACAGGUACAAAUAUGAAGCAGCUACACGAAAAGAUGAAUAGCUAUAGAAAAGGAGGUGAUGUCUAUGUAAUCGGAUGUACAAAUGUUGGUAAAUCAACUUUUAUUAAUCAACUAUUUAAACAACAAUACGAAAGCAGAAAGUCCAACAUUUCAAUCACCACCUCAACCUUACCAGGAACAACACUCAAAACCAUAUCAUUCCCAAUUACAACUGCUACAGGUGAACGAGCAAACUUAUUUGAUACACCUGGAGUAUUGAACCAACAUCAAAAACUUUUCACAGAUUAUUUGAAAUAUGAGGAUUGGAAAUAUAUCAUUCCUGAUGGUGAUGUCAUUGAUCCAAGAUUUGUAAGAUUAAGACCUGGAAGGUGUUUCUUCUUAUCUGGUCUCUUUAGAUUGGACUAUAUUGAAGAUAACGUUCAAAACGAAGAUUGGAAUCGUUGCAUAUUUUCUGUAUUCACCUCUUCCAGACUUUCAAUCCAUUGUACAGGUAUAGAGAAGGCUGACGAAUUCUAUGAAAAGCAUGUUGGUAGAAACGCUACUCCUGAAUACCAAAUUGUUCCUCCAAUUGAUGGAAAAGACUCAUUGAUUUAUGGACUGAACAAAUCUCUUAAAUUCAAAGUUAAUGGAACAACUAGAAGAGAAAGCAUUUUGGAUAUUUGUAUUGGUGGUAUUGGUUGGAUUUCUAUUACAGGUGUUGGUGAGAUGACAUUUGAAGUGCACACAAAUGAGCAUGUGCAGGUUUACCUUAGACAGCCAUGCCUUAUGCCUUACACAACAAAGGAAAGGAAAAUUACAAAAGAUCAAUUUAUUGAACAUCGUGAUUAUCAUAAGUAAACCAAUAAUUAUUUUGACAUU